UGGGGCAGCGCGGGCCGGAGUGCGGCCGAGACUGGCAGCCGUGGGACAUGACGGCAGGCCGCCAGGCCGAGGGCUCGGGUACGGACCCCGCCUCCGCGCGGCUGCCCUCCCGGGUGGCCAAGCUACUGUCGGCACUCUUCUACGGGACCUGCUCCUUCCUCCUCGUGCUGGUCAACAAGGCGCUGCUGACCACCUACCGUUUCCCAUCACCAAUUGUUCUUGGAAUUGGACAGAUGGCAGUUACCAUAAUGAUACUAUAUGUGUCCAAGCUAAAUAAAGUAAUUCACUUCCCUGAUUUUGACAAGAAAAUUCCUAUUAAGCUGUUUCCUCUGCCUCUCCUCUACGUUGGAAACCACAUAAGUGGAUUAUCAAGCACAAGUAAAUUAAGCUUGCCGAUGUUCACCGUGCUCAGGAAAUUUACCAUUCCACUUACUUUACUCCUGGAAACCAUCAUACUCGGUUCUGACCUUGCUUUUAACUUGGAAGGCUAUAUUUUUGUAUUCCUGAAUGAUAUCUUCACAGCAGCGAAUGGUGUUUAUACCAAACAGAAAAUGGACCCAAAGGAGUUAGGGAAAUAUGGAGUGCUUUUCUACAAUGCCUGCUUCAUGAUUAUCCCAACUCUUAUCAUUAGUGUCUCUACUGGAGACCUUCGACAGGCUACUGAAUUCAACCAAUGGAAGAAUGUUCUAUUUAUCACACAGUUUCUUCUUUCCUGUUUUUUGGGGUUUCUGUUGACGUACUCCACACUUUUGUGCAGCUAUUACAAUUCGGCCCUGACGACGGCGGUGGUUGGAGCCAUCAAGAAUGUAUCCAUUGCCUACAUUGGAAUGUUAGUAGGUGGAGACUACAUUUUCUCUGUAUUAAACUUUGUAGGGUUAAAUAUUUGCAUGGCAGGGGGCUUGAGAUACUCCUUUUUAACUUUAAACAACCAGUUAAAACCUAAACAACCUGUGGACGAAGAAAACAUCCCUCAAGAUUUGAAGGGCUAGAACCUGGGGCAAAAUUGCAGACUGGCUUGCAGACUGGCUUGCAGACUGGGGGGAAUGAGGGAAUAUUCCCAGCUGUUUUGGUUGUGGCACUCGCCCCUGGUUAAGGCACAACAGGAAUGUCUGCAAAAUGCAAAGAGAAUCUACAUCAUGUGCUGCUUGAGGAGCCAUCAUCAGCCCUGAGAAAUGUAUCCGGGCAAAGUCUUACCAGCUGAAAGUGAAUCUUCUCAAAAUAAACCACUGGUGAAAGGGAUUGUUUCCAAGGCACUUGCGUGGACCACACAUCUGUGUGCUGUUCCAGGUACUGCGAGUGCUUCAAAGGAGGUAAAAGGCCGAUGCCGUGAGGGUGCUUAUCAGCACCUUGGCCUUAAUUUCAAAGGUCCCAGCCAAAGCAAAGUGCCAGUGAGAACAUUUUUUUUGGUUUAAACAGACAUGUCUUUAUUUUAAUAAAAUCAGCCACUUAACUGCCAGUAGAGUUAUUUGUUAGCUUUGAUUUGAUCUUAUAUGUUGGUAUCUUUUCCCAAUCAUCAGAGUAAAAUAAAAAAUAAUUUAUAUGCAUACCUCAUACUGUGAUAUUAUUGUAGACAGGCAGAAAAACAGUAGGUCAUUUAUUCAGUCUGCCUUGAAGGGUAAUAUUCCUUUUAAGGCUCAUGUUGGAAAAAUUACAGAAUAACUCAAUGGAAAAAACAAUACUCAGUGUGCCCUGUCAACAUUUAAGUUGGUCAUAUUUCUCUCCUCUUCUCCUUCCAGGUUUGUUCAGGGGCUUUGAAAUUCAGAUCAUAUGGACUUUAACCAAGUGUGGAAAGACUUCUGCUUCCAUGUGUGGCCAGCAGAGGGCACCCUAAGAACAGUCCAGCAGUCCUUGCAGCUGGGUUGAAACUUGCGAUUUCUGCUCUUCCUCUACAGAACCAGAUUCCCGUGGUGGGAGGUUUAUGGUAGUGCCAAUCUGGCUUUUGAAUUAAGGUUAGCUGAGAAUGCUGGAUGCAGAGAGGUGGUGCGAAAGGGAUCCAUGAGUUCCAAGGAGGCUAAAGAAGAAAUGUAGCCCCGUGCCCCAGGUCUCUGGAUUUCUUUUAAAAAAAAAUAAAAAAAAUAAAAACCAUUCUGGAUGGAACAAGGAAAAUUAGUUUAAUAUUCUUGAUAUUUUGCUUACGUCUGGCUAUUUUACUGCUAAAAACAGUGACAUUUGUUAACUUGGACUUUUUCUUGCUGUUUUAAUAUUUUUCUAUAUAUUAGAUAUAUAAGUACAAGUACAGGGGCACUGGAGUUUUGUGACAGCUGAGUUUGCCUAAAGAAUGAAACCUAGUUUAGAGAAGAGUUAUAUAUUUUAUAUAUUAUUAUUAUUGUAUAUUUAUAUAUUACAUAUUAUUUUAAUUUAUAUAUAUUUUCUGUGCUCUCAGGAAAAUGGCAAAAGUACAUAUGUCAAUACUUUCAGAGACUUUAGUGACGUUUUUCCUUUUGCAUCAUCGUGUCAACUUUUCAGUCUUGGUGAGUCAUUUUUAUGACUUGUGAGUAAUUUCUGUUUUCUUUGAAUGGAUAUGUGUACCUGUGCAUACAUUUUGAGUGCUGGGACUUGCCAAGGGUCAGCGAUUUAGCUGACCAGUAGCUGCUACUCCGUGGUAGCUUUGGGAAACUGAGGGCACCCAGCGCUCAGAAUGUCCAAGUUCUCUUUCUGUCAUUAGAUACUGAAGCACAUGGUAAAACAAAGCAUGCCUCUUUAGGAUGAAACCAGAAACCCCAAGCCAUUCCUGGGGACUCUCACAGUCAGGGAAUACCAUCUGUGUGCCUCUAACUCUCACCUCCACUCCAGGUUGAGGUCCCCCAUGAUAAGCCUCAGAACCUUUUCUCUGCAAUGUGACCUGGACCAGAACAUCGCAUUACCUGGGGCUUGUUACAAAUGCAGAAUAGCAGGAUGCACACACUGAAUAGGAAUCUGCAUUUUAACCCAGGUGAUUUGAGAAGCACUACCCCAGACUUUUGGCCCAGACCAUAUUUUUAGUACCAAGGGUUCAUAACCUGGGGUUCACAGAAUUUAGUGGACUGGUGAAAUUGGAUGGGGAAAGAAUACAUCUUGAUUUUCCCUAACCAAAAUUUGGCAUUUCUUUUCAUUUGAAUGUAGGCAAGACCACAGUAAUAUUGGCUGUGCUUGUGACUUUGUUAUCAAUAGAAAUUGAAAUACUUUCAUAUCACUUUAUAGUUUUUGUAGAAAAUCAUUUAUGUGCUGCUCAGUAUUCUGGUAGUUAUUAGUGCCCCCACUAGUUCUUGUUAUUUAAUAUGUUCAUAAAGAAGAAUAUUUUUAGUACAUCAUAUUUAGAAAAUAUUGCAGUAACUUUUUAUGGUAACUGGUUUUCUUUAUAAUUUUAUGUAUUUUAUUUCAUGUAUUUAAAAACAUUAUUUGGAGAAGGAGGCUGUAGCCAUCCCUAGACUGCUGUUGUAGUUUAUGGCACUGAAAAUAGUAAGGACCCCUGCCUUAGAGAGAAAGAAAAAAUUCCAGAUUAAUAUGUUUCCUCAAGAAGUUGUUCCAUUUUUGGCCUUAGUACCAGCGGAGGCUUGCUUCUAGAUGGGUAUAGAUAAGCCCGGGGAAAUUUUUACGUCUGCUACCUGGUGGGAAGGCAUCAUCCUCCACCCGGUGUGGUCAACUGUCUGCAGCUAGAGGGAGAAAGAGGGAGAGGGAAA